CGUCUCGGGGGCUACAGGCUGCGGGGCGGACGUAGCGCCGAGCGAUCCGCAGCCAAGCCGUGCGAGGCCGCGCGAACCCCGGGCCCCGGCCGUGAGCGAGCGCCGCCGCCGCCUGCGCCAGCCGGUCCCCGGACACGUCGCCGCCGCCACCGCCAGGAAGACAGCGAGCGCCGAGCAAGUUGAGAGCGCGCCUCUCCGCCCGGGGAAAGUUUCCCCCGCAGCCGUCCGCGGGAGUUGGCGCGGCGUCCGGCCGCCGUCUCUGGAAGGACAAGCUGGGCCAAUAAAAGAAAUAUACAGGAGCCCCUCUGACCAGGAGACUCUGUCCUGCUCAAGAACUGCCCAGGCGGAGCACCAUGGAAGGUGACUGUCUGAGCUGCAUGAAGUAUCUGAUGUUUGUUUUCAACUUCUUUAUAUUUCUGGGUGGGGCCUGCCUGCUGGGUAUCGGCAUCUGGGUCAUGGUGGACCCCACCGGCUUCCGGGAGAUCGUGGCUGCCAACCCCCUGCUCAUCACGGGUGCCUACAUCCUCCUGGCAAUGGGAGGCUUGCUUUUUCUGCUCGGCUUCCUGGGCUGCUGUGGAGCCGUCCGUGAGAACAAGUGUCUGCUAAUGUUUUUCUUCCUGUUCAUCCUGAUCAUCUUCUUGGCAGAGCUCUCAGCAGCCAUUCUGGCCUUCAUCUUCAGGGAAAAUCUCACCCGUGAAUUCUUCACCAAGGAGCUCACCAAGCACUACCAGGGCAACAAUGACACGGACGUCUUCUCUGCCACCUGGAACUCAGUCAUGAUCACAUUCGGUUGCUGUGGGGUCAACGGGCCUGAAGACUUUAAGUUUGCAUCAGUUUUUCGACUCCUGACUUUGGACAGUGAUGAGGUCCCGGAGGCCUGCUGCCGGAGAGAACCCCAGAGUCGGGAUGGGGUCCUGCUGAGCAGGGAGGAAUGCCUCCUGGGAAGGGACCUGUUCCUGAACAAGCAGGGCUGUUACACAGUGAUCCUCAACACCUUCGAAACCUACGUCUACCUGGCUGGAGCUCUCGCCAUAGGGGUUCUGGCCAUCGAGCUUUUUGCCAUGAUCUUUGCCAUGUGCCUCUUCCGGGGCAUCCAGUAGAGGGUGUGGCCUGAAGACUCAUCCCACCCACCACUGCCCAGAACCCAACAUCCUCCCCUCUCCCACACCCCUGCCCUCUUGGCCCCAGG